UGUGUGUGUGUGUGUGUGUGUGUGUGUGUGUGUGUUUGUACUUGUAUCUAUCCAUCAACCUCAAACCCUUUUUUUCUACAUUUUGCUAUAAGCUAUGAACACAUCCGCUUUUGUGUGCGCGUCCUUCUCACAGUUUCCCUUCCUUGUGCAACCAAGUUACAACACAACGCUUUAGUGGAUGCUGCAGCAGCACCCACACGCGUGUCACUACGAAAAAAAAUGACUUCCUUUGCCACUGUACUGCGGUUAACAGGAGUGGCACAUCAUGAGACAGCCACCUGGACAGAGUCUCUCCGAGCCCUUGUCAAAUCGUAAGAGCCGUAAUGCGGGGGUAGUGCUUGAGCUAACCCCUAGGUUUCAAAAGUCGUGCAUCUGUGUCAGCUGGUGUAGCAUGCAUGAAGAGGAGGGCCGAGGUGGACCGUCUGCCCGCUGAGAACAGCCUGCCAUUGGGCUUACUUUUGGAGAGGAGAGCCACACACCAGAAAACAAAGUGACCCUGCAGAUGUUACUUUUGGAAAGUGUGUGUCUUCAAUGACGUGCAAGUGCGGAACAGGUGUCCACAGGAACGGCUGACGGCUGAUCACCCCACACUCUUCCAUCAGAGACAUUUCACCACAACUCGUCACAUUCCAAACUAUUCCAUUGGACUUCUGUCACAUGGAAGGCCACGUGUUUGUUUCGAUAAACGAAGAGCGUUCCGACAAGGGCAAAGAAUGACUUCAAACAAUGGCUCAGGGGACAUCUCCUCGGAAUGUCCCGAGGACAUGGCCAGCUGGGAGGAGACCAUGGACACGCUGUAUACCUACUUCUACCUGUUCCUCUUCAUCCCUGGACUCUUGCUCAACACCGUCGCACUUUGGGUCCUUUGCAGGCAUAUUAGCAAGAAAAUGAAGACGCUGAUCUUCAUGAUCAACCUGGCCAUUGCAGACCUGGCGCAUGUCCUCUCUCUGCCCCUCAGGAUCUACUACUAUUUCACGCUCACCUGGCCCUUUGGACGCGUCGCCUGCCUGUUGUGCUUCUACCUGAAGUACCUCAACAUGUACGCUGCCAUCGUCUUCCUGGUGUGCAUCAGCGUGCAGCGGUGUGUGUUCCUGCUCAAGCCGUUCUCCGCUCGCAGCUGGAGGAAGCGAUACGAUCUGCUGAUCAGUAUUAUUGUCUGGCUGGGGGUCGGAAUGGCCUGCUCCCCUUUCAUCUUGGUGAGGGGCGGCCAUGACAACAACACCAGUUUCAACCACUCCCCCUACUCUUCUCCCACCCAAGCAUCAACAGCUGGGACCACCCCCUACGGAUCGCACUCCACCGCCAGCCCGGGCUCCAGCCCAGGGUACGGCGCCGCCGGCUCUCCUGAAGCCAAAUGUUUUAAAGACUUGCCCACCCGUAAGCUGUCCCUAUCCAUGGCGGUCACCGUUAUGGUUCUGGGAGAGUUGCUUGGCUUCCUGCUUCCCCUGGCUGCCAUCGGUUACAGCUCGGCCCGCAUCGUCCACUCCCUCCUCAAGACCCAGUACCAGGAUCCGGUGGACCCCCUCCCCCGGGGACGCACCUUCACCAUCACCUCCUCCGUCUCCCAGACGGAUUCGCUGGGGGACAGACAGACGGCCGAGGACAAGAGGAGAGCCCUGCGGAUGGUGCUGGGCUGCUCCGCCCUCUUCCUCGUCUGCUUCGCGCCGUACCACGUCAACUUCCUGUUGUACCUGCUGGUGACGCAGGACAUGGUGUCCCACUGCGGCCUGAGGCUGGCCGUCAAACGGUUCCACCCGGUGUCGCUGUGCCUGGCCAGCCUCAGCUGCUGCCUGAACCCCCUGCUCUACUACUUCCUCACCACCGAGUUCAGGAGGCACCUCAGCAAGCGCGCCUCCAGACUCUCCUCCAAGUUCCUCUCGUCCCCCCUCAUCGCGGCGUACAGCUCGGGCCGGGUCAGAGCUGCUUCAGAAGAGGCUUGAAGGGAGCACAGACAGCUCCGUCUCGCUCAGGCAGUAACGCUGAGCUGAGAGAAGGGCCGCUUCGUUAGUUUGAAUAGAGAGGAGUUAUAUAUUUGGACUAGAGGGAAGCAAGGUUGCUAUGAUCAGAGAGAGCCCAUUUGCCAAGUACUCCCCUAGGGACCAAGAUAUGUGUUAUAAUGCCACACCCAUUUUUGGACAUCAUAAGCUAAAUGUGAAACAACUCAAGUCAAUUUACCCAAGUCCAAAUAUGAGAGCUAUUAAUUGUUGUGUGAGUGUAUCAGCUAGACUGGGUAGCCCCGCCCAUUCUGCGGGCAAUUUGAGUUCGCCCUGCACAAGGGUCUGGAGAAGAGCAAUACAUUUCUUUCUGCUUCCGUUACGUUUUUGCAGGAGCCAAUCACCAAGCUGAUUUUUCCCCUUGGCGCGAUAUUGGCUGGUUUAACACAAUGACAACAGGGAAGCAACGGCAAGCAGCCAAUCGCGUACAGAGUAAUUUGAACUAGGCCUGUUGAUCACGCCUCUUGUGCUGAAGAAAAUGACUGCAGCUUCCCCAGACCAACGUGCCAGCUACGAUUGAUCUGGAUGUGGCAAAGCCAGACUGAAUUUGCUGUGCAUCCUGGGUUUCAAAAUAACUUUCAGGUCACCAAUCUUUUAAUAAAUAAAUCUGAAAAUCUAAAAAUAAAUCUGUGAUUUAAUUAAA